CGAUUCUGGCAGAUUGCAAGCGGAUUGGUCUUAUUUCAUUUCCCCGCGUGCACCAUUUCACCUUCUCCCUCUCCUCUUUCAAAUUGAUAAUAACAUCACACACCAUCCUUGCGUCAGUCACCACCGGCCCAGAUCAGAUUAGAUACCACCAUGUCAGAGGCAGGUUCAGCGUCCACGCCCCAGUCAAACGCAACAAAAGACCGCCACGAGCCCAGAGGCCGCAAGCCAAAUGACCAGCUUCCCCCAUCCCGCGCACGCGAGGUCCAGCGCGCCUUCCGUCUCCGUCGUGCAGAGCAUCUCGCCUCGCUCGAAGAACGCAUCCUCCAGCUAGAGACGGAAAACACCCAGCUGCGCGCACUCCUCAGUCUUCCCGCAGCAGACAGGCCAAAGAUCGGCUCAGGGCCCACCGGGCGCGGCAAGGCCCUCAAGGAGGGUGGUGUCCCCAUGAGCGAGAGAGUCCGCGCAAGAAAAGAAGCGAGGGAGAGGGAGAGGAGAGCCUUGGGGCUGCCAGAAGCUGACACCACAGACAUGAGCGAGGCCGAGAGAGGAAACGGCAGGGACAGCGCGACACUGUCCCCUCGUGCGACAAGCGGCGCCGGUCCAUCCAAUGCCACUGCUGCCGCCCACACCGCGCAGCAGCAACCCAACGUUCCUCACCUGAGCAACCCUCAGAACGUUCCUGCUCUUUUCAACUCUCCCGCCGAUGUCUCUCCCGCCCCAUUCAAUUACCAGCUCCCCAUGCCCUUCAACCUCCCCGUGUCUCCCGAUACACAGUUCGCUGAUUUCACCAACAACAUUGACAAUUCUCUCUACAAGAACAACACCACUUCUGCUACACCCAACUUUGGCGGCAUGUUCAGCAUGUUCUCAUCCGCGGAUCAUAAUGGCGACAGCAGCGCCAAUGGCUCCGGUGUUAAUAAACCUUCUCCCAUUUCUCCACCCUUGACCAAUCCUCCCCAUGCCCCAUCUCCUUCUCAACUCGACCUUCUCACCCGUCUCAAGAGCUGCUGCCAUGUCUCAGAUUCUCAUGUCGUCAAUGACCCCGGCCUUUUGGUCUUUGCCACGCGUCUCUGUCAGUCAUUCGGUUGUUCGUUCGGUGGCACGCACACGGAAGCCAAUCCUCGGAGCGAUGCUGAAAACCUUACCCUCGAAGAUGCAUGGCACGCUCUCAAGGCGACUCUAGAUCCCGGAGGCGACGCUGACGGGGAAAAUAGGAUCAAUACUGGCAAGAUGGCAGCAGAGUUGGUGGUCCGUGCGGCUCAUUCGCGUGGUGCCGGCGGCUGGAUCUCGUGCAGGUACCGUGAAGGGCUGUCAAUAAGAAGGAACAUGGUGCAGGCAUUAGUGCAAGGUUUGGGAGGAAAGCUCGAUUGAGUGUCUGGGUAAAAGUGGGAUGCGUUGUCUUGUCGGAAGUUGUACUGUUAAUCUAGCAUAUAUACAUGUCUUCAACGAUAGAGUAUAUUGUGCCUUGUAGGGGCGUUUGAUCUUAGUCGUGGACUUUCUACCACCAGUAUGAUUUUGGCUGUUUGUACGAUAUGCGGCUGUUUGAUAUCAGCCAUGCAACAUUUACGAAGCGACACCACCACUGUGCGACAUUAUCAUUCGUAAAAUGCAGG